CGCACCAUCAAGAAGGGAUCAACAACAGCAAGCGAAGCAAAGUAGUAACAGGCACGCACAGCAAGCAUCCGGAACCAGCCGUCACAUCAUCAGAGAACCCAAGCCACACAGUCAGACGCGCUUGUUUCAACUGAAGUUGUGAUGUGUUGCCGGUACUGCUGACGGCACUGGUUGUUGAACUCCCCUCAGAAGUAAUUUUUGACUCGUUGGCAGUGGCAGCAGUAGCUGGCUACGUGGUAGCCUGCGGGUGUGGGCCAUCCACAGCACAAGCGACACACAGCAAAGCAUGGCUUGGGGUGCCAGUGCUGGGCUGGUGGCUGCCAGCCUGGCUUGCACGCUGCUGAACAUCAUCUUGCUCAACCUCUUGUGGACAUGGCUUGUUCCGUUGCACCCAUUCUUCACCAUCUUGCGCAUGGCAACGAGCUGCGCUGCCAUCAUUCUCGCCGCUUUUCCGGCCAGGGUGCUGGAGACUGUGCUGGGCCGAAUGGUGCGCCGCAGCCUGCACGGCGAGCUCACGAUUCGGCAGAUCAGUGUGAUGGCCGCGACCAGCAUUCGCCUCACCACCCCCAAGAUUGCACUGGAGCUGGACCAAAUCGCGUGGUUCAUUGACAAGAGUGGCCUCACAAUCACCAUCAAGCGGGGGUUUAUCUACACGUACAUCAGCCCAACAGCAAGCACUGCCGCUUCAUCGCCCACCUCACUGCCCAAGAACAAGCAGCCCCCACCACCACCGACGCCGUUCAUUACCCGGCUUGCCUGGUUCAUUUUCAAGCUCGUUCAUGUGCGACUGGAGCGCGAUGUUCGCAUAGUGGCCGACAUCUUACCGCCGCGAACUUCAAACACGAGCAUUGCAUCGGCUUCAGCCGAGGCAGAUUCACUGCUGUCCUCUGCACAGCACGCGCACCGUCGCACAUCGUGGCAGUUUCACGUGCGCCUCUCGCGUGUGCUCCACCUUCCACCCGAGCGUGCAGCGGCAGCGCUCACCAGCUUACGUGGGGCAGCCUUUGUGCAGCCGUCACAUCGCUCGGGGCCAUGCACCAUGCCUGCUCCAGCCUGGGUGUCGGUUGACCUGGCAGGUGUGGAUGUACACGCACCCGCCUGCCCGGACCGCGUGUCCGCUUGGCUCAACCGCACAUACUUCUCUGACACACCAAACCGGCAGCUGGUUCCCUGCAACAUUCGCUUGGGCGAGUCGCGCUCGGCCACCGGUGCGCUGAUCCGGCUGGAUCGCAUUGGCGCUGCCCUCGAACACGGGUGCUGUGGCGAUGAUGGCCGUGACAGCAUGCGUGCUGAUGACGAAGAGGAUGAUGCUGGCAACGACGUUGGCGCUGAUGGUGAACACACCAGUGAUGAGCGAUGGGCUCAUGUGCAGCAGCAGCAGCAGCAGCAGCGUCAUUAUCACCACCAGCCGCUGUUUGAAGGAACGCGAGUGGCCCUGUCGUACACGCUUCAACAGCAGCGCUGUGGUAUUACCACCACCACCACCACCACCACUGCCGCAAACAACCCAAGCAGUAGCGCUGCGGCUGGUCGUCACGGCGACGCUGUUCGUGCUGAUGACGGUGGCGGUAACGGCAAUGAUGGCGGUGACGCAACAAGUGGCCGCGGUGGUGCAUCAGGCAGUAGCAGUGGCAGUGGUGAGAACCGGCUAGCGUUGGCUGCGCGCGCAACGGUUGGCCUCGGCCGCUUCCAUGCACAUGUGCACGUGGCGCAGCUGUGCUCGAUGACGCUGCAUGACAGCAUCACCACCGCCAUGAUGAGGGCGGAGCUUGCGCGAGAAGCAGGAGUGGAGCCCGUCAACAGCAACUGCAGCGUGGCUGGUGAUGGGGAUGGUGACGGUGCCGCAACACAGACACCGGCCACGGCAGCGCCCCUCUCUGCUUCAUCGACAUCACUGUGGAAGCGCCCGCGUGUGAUGUGCGGCCAUUUGUUGGCAAAGCGCCUGGCGUUUGGAGUUUCCGUCAACGCCCACGAUGAGACGAAUCCAAGUGAUGGCUCAGCGGCGCAACAGACAGCCGUCGAAACGCACUGGUGGGGACAGCACGCGCCAGCGACAUUGCAGCCGCACAACUCGUUCUCCGUGCCUGCAGGCAACGCGCGUGACAACCUGGGUGGAUGUGAUGAUGAUGAUGAUGAUGAUGAUGAUGAUGGUGGUGGUGGUGGUGGUGGUGGUGGUGGUGGUGGUGGUGGUGGUGGUGGUGGUGGUGGUGGUGACAAACGCAGGAAAUCACGGCGCAAGAGUGCGCGGAAGAAGCGUGGCAGCAAGCAGCCGCCAUCACCCUCAAGUUCGUCGUCGUCAUCCUCGCCGCUGCCUCCACCGGAGGGCACGCAGCCCUUUGGCAGCUCGCUCCAUUUUGAUGCCAUGAAAUGCGUCUUCAAGGUUCACAAGUCGCGCAAGAGCCUCAGAGGCCCAGAGCUACCACAGUUCUCUCAUGCGCCGGCAUCCACCGCAGCAUACCAAACUGGUGUUCGCGGUGGUGGUGGUGGUGGUGGUGGUGGUGGUGGUGGUGGUGGUGGUGGUGGUGGCGAUUUUCAUGACGUUGGCAGGUCGCCAAACGCCACUGCAACACCACACACGCGUCGUGCCACGGCUGCCACGGCCACAACGUUCUCCCCUGCUACCAUCGCUCCGGCCAGCAAUAAGCACCAACGCACCCCCUCAUCACAACAACAGCAACAGCACCACCAGCAGCGCAGUGGUCGUUUGGCGUGGGCGUGGCAGGCCGAUGCGGUACCGGAGGUGCUGCGAUUGCCAGGCAAACUGUACAUCACCAGCCCGCUCUCGCCCUCCCACCACGUCGCAGACACCGCACUCCGCCUCACAGAUGUGCAUGUGUUGGCAGCAAAGACGGCGGCAAGUGGAUGGGAGAGCCCCGAUUGCAAGGCGCAGUUGCGGUGCACGCAGGCUGUGGUGUGUGCUGCCCCUUCAGCUCUCCUCUUCCUCGACCUGCUGGUUGACCAUCUCACGCGCGCUGGCAGCCGUGUCAGCGAUGCACACGCAUCACAACCACAAGCGCGCGACACGGGCGGCGCUGUGUCCGCGUCUGCGUCUGCCACCUCUAUGCCAACAGAUGCUGGCACCACCGUGCCCAUUUCCACGUCAACGUCUGCCACAUCCACGACGACCAACGCGUCCACGUCCACGUUCUACACGGCAUCAACCUCCUCCACCACGGCCUCCAGCCGCCGCAAGUACGAGGUGCUGAGUCAGGCCGUGCAUCUCACAUCGUCCACGCCACUCGGCGCCAUCAUCGCCGCCCCAGACCUCGUGUCUCGCGUCGGGCUCAGCGCUGAGGUUGUGCUGGACUGCAUGGUGUUCACGGUGAGCAAGAUUGCUGCUGGCCCGGGAAGUCUUGAUGGCCAUAUUGCAGCAGGCUUCAUCACCACCUCCAAUCUGCGUCCACCAUCCAGGACUGUCGGUGGCGGUGCCCUUGCUGCGGUUGCCGACGCCACGCUGCGACAUGACGAUGGCGACGCAAGAGUCGUUGUUGGCAGUGGUGGUGGGCGGGACAGCGGCGAUGAUGUGUUUGCCCGCCCUGCCAAGACCACCUCCAUGCCAUCCCUGUCGCGCUCAUCAUCACGGUCGUCGUCUCGCAACAGCAACGACAGCAACGCCACCACCACGGUGAGGCAGACGCAAUCGUCGCACGCUGUGCUGGACGGAUGGAGCAGCGGUGAUACCAACAGCAGCAGCGGCAGCCGUAGAAGCAGCGCAAGCCAUGUUGGUGACAUUGGCGGGCACGGUCCUGGACAGCGCACAACGGUGCUUGCGCUGUCGUGGGAGAUGACGCUCUCUGCGAAGCGCGAUCAUCUCGAUGACGGGAAAUUGCAUUUGCAGAUUAGCCCCGUGAUUGCGCGCAUCGAGGUGUUGUGGUCGCUCAACCAGCACGUGUCGCUUGUGCUCGCCGUGCACUGUCUUGCGGACCAAGCAACACACAUUGCACGCAAGCUGCAGUCAAACAGUGCCAACCAUGCGACCGGCGCGGGCGGCGGCACUGCUAAUCCCUGCAUGCAACAACCAGCUGGGCCACGUGAUUCAAGCACGGCGCACACUUCAACAGCAACAGCUGCAGCUGCAGCAGAAGCUCCCUCGACGUCGCACCCGCGCGUUCACGACGAACUGUCGAGUGAAUCCACCCCAACACCUCAGCAGCAGCAGCAGCAGCAGAACAAGGAUUGUGCGGGUGAUACCGCCACGAUCACCGGCAGUAACAGCAAGAACAGAGGUGCUGCGGCCGUGGCGUCACACGCGCCCAAGAGCCGCCACAACACGCCGGAGAGUGUGGGGCAUGGUGGUGACAACGUCCAACACAACAGCAGCGAUGACAAGAGCGCAUGUGCUACGGAAGAGGGCGUGCGGGCAACUGGUGAUCCCACAGUGGCCGUUACGCUCGACGCAACGCUGCCAUUGCUGGUGCUGCGCAUGAUGCUGACACCGCGAACAACGGCAGACUUUGAGAUGCGGAGACUGGCACUGAAUAUCAACAAGAACGGCACGCACCCAACGAGUGGCGUGCUGAAUGUGGCGUCGUUUGACGUGGGCUUCAACAGCACACGCUACAUCAAGGUGUGUGGCUUCUAG